AUGAAUGCGACGUGUGAUGUUUCUCUAGGCGGUUGGCGGUACAGUGAUUUUGAUUGCCUCGAGGAACUAAUAUGGGAUGAAGAACCCACUUCAACAUCUGAUAAUGACAUAGAUACGGUUUACACGUCUCCUCGGGCCAACUAUCCAUCAUGGGCUAGGUACCAAAAAUCUGAAAGUAAUUCUACUAUACAUAAAGUUAUCUUUAUCAUGAGACAGGAAGAAUAUACUGUAGAAUGCAAAGAACCUAUCCAGGGCUAUGGGAUCAACAUUACAGCAGAAUUUGACACGGAAUAUUGGAAUCUCGCGUAUUUGAUUUUAUCUGAAGUCCAUGUCUAUGGGAUAGAUAAUGAAGGAGACUACACUGAUUGCGGUUCACCGCCAGUCCUGUAUGGAGCCGAAUCAGCCACCAAUACUCUACAACGUGGAAAUGUUGCUCACUAUUAUUGUCUGUAUGAUUUUAAUUUCAUCAAUAAACGCAACAGUCCAUCACAGUCUAGUUGCUUAUCAAACAAUACGUGGUCACAGCUGGACAAUUUUUGUGGAAUAGAUCAACAAAGUCCUCAGAAAAAUUACCCUAAAGGUGUUGAAUGCUUACUAGAGCCAACGGGAAAAGACUACAUAGGAAAAAUGAACUACACUAUAUCUGGUAAAUCUUGUCUUACAUGGUUUGGUCACCCAGACGUUGAAAAGUGGUCGUUUCCUGGCGAUGUGUUAGAUAGUGACAAAUAUUGCAGAAACCCGGAAGGAAAUUUCCAAGAAAAACCAUGGUGUUAUGUCGAUGACUAUAACACAACCGAACAUUGUCCACUGGUCGAAUGCAAUAUGAUUUGUUCUAUGUAUGAUGACGAUUUCGAGUACAUUGGUUAUAAGAAGCAUGACAAGGAAGGUGGUACUUGUUUGAACUGGCAAAGCGAUACGGUUUCAGAGGAAUUUUCAUUGUUCAUACCAGAAGCUUUUCCAGAUAAGGAGAGAGACCAUUCUUAUUGUCGGAAUCCAGGGAGAUCGCAGAAAAGAGCUUGGUGCUUCAGUAAAAAAGAUGAUAAACUUGUACACAAAUACUGCUCUAUUCCACCUUGCGACUCGGUGGUUCCAGAAAUUAUUGACGUUGAUGAAAUGGAAGAUUUGAUGUAUGAAUGUGAGACCGUGUAUUAUUGGAGACCAUAUACAUCAGAUGCUGUCUUUGCAUCCUCUUAUUGGAAUUUCACCCAAAAGUCUGUAAAAUAUCUUGGAUGCAAGUCAUAUCGGUCACUACAUUUCUUUAUAUCUAGAAUAUUCUCAAGCGGAGGUCAGGAAGUUGUUGAAUCUCCAUCUAAGUGGUACAUGUUCACUUGUGAUGCUGCUGAGACAACAACAAUUACAACCACAAAUGACAUAGAUGUAUCUACAACAACAACAACACGAACAACCUCGCUUGAAACCACAGAAUCUGAUAACAUUUCAAGCAGCCAAAAACCCGAGACGACUACGGACAGUAACCUGCAAACAACUCCACUACCUACAAGGAGACCAAAUCCUGAGAAGACUGAGUUAACAACCAAUGGGUUACAAACAACCACAGACGAUCAAAACACACAAGAAAUUACUGUCAACAAUACAACAUACAGCACGAUUGCAAUUACGGACUAUGACCGGCAAACAACUCCGUCACCUCCAAGCACGCAACAAAAGAGCGAUGAAACAACCAGCAAUGAAACCACUUUGACAACAACCAUCUAUAGUAAUGCAACAACCUAUAACGUUUAUGAAACCACUUUGAUAACAACCAAUAACAACAACGAAACCACUUUGACAACAAACAAUAACAGCAAUAAAACUUCGUUAACAAGUAAUACCAAUGGAACAACUUCGCCAAUAAGUUAUGGCACUACUGACAGUAAUAGAGUUAACUCAACAAUCGAUGGAACAACAUCACCAAAUUAUUCCGCCAGCAGGGAAUCUAGAAAUCUAUAUAAUACAACCGAAAGUAGCAAGUCGACAGAUGUUUCCACAAGAAUCACUACAGCGCCCCGAUUUCAACAUACUUGUCCAUGCAGUUGUCAAAAAGACAAAACCAUUGGAACUAUAGAGAAGGAAAUGAAAAAAGUACAAAAGGAGCUGACUGUUGAAAAGUCGACACUUUCGACAACUAUACGAAAACAAACGAGUGCCGUUGAUAAUCGACCAUCUGCUGUCUCUAUGGGGUAUCUUGGUAUUAUUCUACUCGCUGUUACGUUUGUUUUGAUAAUUUUGCCCGAUGUUUUGGGCCUUCUGCGAUACGUAACUAACUACCUUAAAAAUAGACAGCUCAUUUCAGCUCACUGA